GGCCGCAGGCUAGCCUGGAUUUGUGGGAGGGGCCAGUACCUGUCUUAAGCAGUCCGGCUCUCCCAGGCAGCACGUCUGCAUUCGGACGUCUGCUACUUCCGGGUGUGACGUCAUCAGCAAGCGUCCUGCACGAGUGGGUCCUCAGAGAAGCCGGGUGUACCUUUCCCUUCAGUCUGCAGCUGUUAAAGAUCGUUGUCCAGGAUAACUGAACCCAGAAGCAGACUCAGUGGGCACCCCGGUUCCGGACUGGCGGCUGCUGGUCUUGGACUAAACUCGCUGAUGGUGGUCGCCAGUUCACUCAUUACAAAGUCUUUGUCGAUCAGUACAUUGAGGUCAUACCGCCGAGCGUGGGUGGUUUUCUUAGACUUCCAGUUGCUAUAUCCUAGGGGUGACACUGGUCAGGUCAAGUAUAUGGUGGCUUUCGUGUCUUAUUGUCACUCGGUAUUGGCUUUAUCCUACAACACCAUUAGGCUAUAUUUGGCUGGGGUGCAGCAUUUUUUGGCACUUCAAGAGCCAGACAGACCCUCUAUAUUUUCUGCUCACCCGAUCAAGGCCAUCCUCAGAGGCAUUCAGAAAAGCCAGGUCACGGUCAAGUCGGUCCGUCAACCGAUUUCGGGGGACACGUUUCGUAGCCUGUCGGAAGUCCUCACACUGUCACCAUUCGGAGUCCUUCCCAGCCUGGUGAUCAAGGCAGCUAUGUACUUGGCGUUUUACGGGUUUUUAAGACCAGGUGAAGUGACACAGGCCAGACAAGGGGCGGUGGCUCUCCACAAGGGAGACUUAGUAAGGAUGGGCAGUAAUUUUCAUUUGCAGUUGCCUCACAACAAAACAAGGCAGGUAGGUCCCGGCCAUGUAGUCAAGUUCUUUCAGACCACAAACGCAUGGUGUCCAGUGACAGUCUUGGACAACCUCUUGCUGGCCCUUAGUCUUCACAGCCCCACCGACCCAUUACUUCCAUUUCCGGUUGGUCCACUGACGUCCAGCCAGUUCAUCAAACAUAUUCGCAUCCUGUUGACCAGUGUAGGUUUGAAUCCGGCUCAAUUCUCGGGGCAUUCUUUCCGCAUCGGUGCGGCAUCCGCAGCGUCCAAGCAUGGAGUUCCUGCGCAUAUCAUCAAACACUUGGGGCGCUGGCGCUCGGGGUGCUUUGUGCGGUAUAUCCCGGAGCCACAAGCAGAGCUGGUCCAAGCAUUCAGUAAGUUGGCAGAGUAGCACGUCAGGCCAAUCCUUCCCUCACUGGUGGGUUUUGCCCCCUUUUUCAGGCAUACCGACCUAGUGAGGCCAAGGCACACCUCAGGCCAAUCAGGUAGGGGGGUGGUGGUUGGGCAUCUUCCACUCGUCAGGUCCUGACCACAAGUGUUAAGGCUGGCCGCAGGCUAGCCUGGAUUUGUGGGAGGGGCCAGUACCUGUCUUAAGCAGUCCGGCUCUCCCAGGCAGCACGUCUGCAUUCGGACGUCCCCUGCCCACCCAUUCCCAUUCUUCAUUCAGUCAUUUCAACCAUCACAUUCAGGGUAUGCCCCCUUUUUCAGGCAUACCGACCUAGUGAGGCCAAGGCACACCUCAGGCCAAUCAGGUAGGGGGGUGGUGGUUGGGCAUCUUCCACUCGUCAGGUCCUGACCACAAAUAAAGAAGUUUUGAUACUGCUACAUGCUGCCGAAGCCAUCUUCCUUUUUAUAUACGUAUUCCAAGGCCUGAUGGAUCAAGGGCCUACGGCUAGGCUACUGCAUUGAACGACGCAUU